UAACAGUUAGUUGUCAUCUGACCCUGUGUGACUGCAGAGACUGAUGCGGGUGAUGGAUUUAACAGAUAAAGUGUCUGUAGUCACCGGAGGAGCUCAGGGUUUGGGCAGAAGCUUUGUUGAAAUACUGCUUAAAAACGGCGCAAAGGUUGCUAUCCUUGAUGUGAAUGAAUCACUUGGAAAUGAGUUGAAGGUCACACUUAAUAAGCAGUAUGGCUCAGACAGGACUGAAUUUUACACUACUGAUGUCACAUCAGAAGAGCAAUUUAAAGGAGUUUUUCAGAAAAUUGUGGACAAAUUUGGCCGCAUAGACAUUCUUUGCAAUAAUGCGGGGAUCAUCAAUGAAAAUAACUGGGAGAAAUGUAUUGCCGUAAACUUGGGUGGAGUGGUCAAAGGAACAUAUCUGGCUCUUGAACAUAUGAAGAAGGAUAAAGGUGGAAAUGGAGGAGUCAUUGUCAAUGUUGCAUCUAUGGCAGGUCUGGGUCCUCUGCCAUCAGCGCCCAUGUACACAGCUACUAAACAUAGUGUGGUGGGAUUCACACGUGCAAUGUCUAUGGUUUCCACAUUUUCCAACUAUGGGGUGCGGAUCAACGCUCUGUGUCCAGGUUUUGUGAAUACAAGCCUCCUGACAUUGUUUAGUUCAGAAGAGCAUGUCGGAAGGUUUAUACAUUUGAAGAAUGUGUCAGAGAAGUUGCUAGAGCAGUACGGCUUUAUAGAGACGGAUGAUGUGGCCAAAGCCUUCCUUGCACUUGUGAAAGAUGAGACCAAGAAUGGAGAAGUGAUGAUGGUUAAUGUUGAUGGUGCGGCUUACGUUUCCUUCCCUAAACAAGUCAAGGAUAUUCCGUUUACUAAAGUUGACUUACAGUAGGCGGUCAACUUCUUUCUUUGCCAGUGCCAAUGCCUAAUGCCACUACCUAAAUGAAUAAGUUUCAGACUGAAGCUAGUAUAUGAAGAGCUCAGAUGCAAAAGCCGCUAAACACCAACUCUGAUAUUCAUGACAUUGACCGAAUGCGCUCGGCAUAUAUUAUACGUUCAUUAAUAAGUUUAGCUUAAAAUCUGCUUAAUCCUGGCAACGGGCCAUUCAGAAAAAGCAGUUUGUUGGCAAAACCCUUUAAAUGCCAUGUGGAGGUUUACCAAAUAUAUUCGAAAUAUGGAGCCACAUUCAAACUUGGAUCCCUUGUUAGUACUUGGACUUGAAUACAACCUGAAUGUGGCAGUCACAUUGAUACGUGGUUGAAAUGACUACUGCAGCAUUUGCAAUAAGGCAUUUCAGUUACUGACUAAUAAUGGACUUGGAGAGUUUUGCAUCUGAGCUAUUCAUACAGUAUGUAAUCUUGGCUUAGUAAUGAAAUGUAUAGAAACUUUGUACUACCUCUUUUAUUAUUUUAAUUUGUGCGGCAUUUUAUAUGAAUGGGUUUGCUAUAGGAACAAAUGUAAAUGUAAACCCUGAAGGUUCAGGCAAACACAAAUUAAAAUGGUAUUAAGAUGAAAAA